AUGCAGGGGCUCUUGAUGCUUAUGAGAGUGGUGGCUGAAGAUGAGGGCCUUCUCUAUCAAACCAGCGACGGCUACCCGGUGGAGGUUACCACUGGAUACGACAUUUCAGACGGCUGCAGGAUCCCGUUCCUCGGGCUUUGUCAGCUGUGGCCAAACCGUCGCGACAACGAAAGCUGGCUUGGCUCAGCCAUGGUUGACGCGCUUGUGAGGCUCAACAUCAAAGGAGCUCAUGGGCCGACGCGCAUGUUCCUGUCCACUGACGACUUGGUGCCAUGGCUAACGUGUGGCCCGCAGCAAACUGUCGAGAAGAAGCUCCGCGACGCACUCCGAGAUCCCGUCAUCACAGUCAAGCCCAACGGGCGAACCGUCUUCCGCUACAUGGACACGCAGGCGGAGCCUCCAAGAUUUGUGGGGCUCACCUUGCCUGCUGUACCAGACGAAGUUGAUACAGUUCUCUUGCCAUACAAUCCGAGCGGCAUCACCGCGUUUGAUAAGACCCUGGAGGAGCACUUGCUGCAUCUCGAUCAGCUCUUCCAACGGAUCAGCGAGUACGGUAUCACUUUAUCACCGUCGAAGAGUUUCAUCGAGUACCCGUGUGCGACCCUGCUGGGCCAGAGGGUCAACGCCUUCGGGCUCGGAUCUACCCAAGAACGGACCAAGGCGCUCACUGAAAUGCCGUUCCCGCGCACCUUGAAGGAUCUGGAGCAUUGGAUUGGCGCGACUGGGUUCCUGCAGUCCACUCGUCUUUUCAUUCUCAGGACCGCGGCGUCGGGUCGACACAGACCGUCUGUUUGA